AUGUGGAGUUUGAGGCGUGUCAUUCCGCUGCGACGGGCGAAGUCCUGCCUGCCGCUUAUAGUGACUCGGCGCACUGUCUCAACGGCUGGCUGGGAUGGCGGAAGCAGUCGCAAUGAUCUUAACGGCGAGCCGAAUACAUACUAUGACUAUCUUGACAGCUUCUGGAAUCGCCAGUGGUUUGGUGCCACGGAAAAUUUGGUGCCGGUGCCUGAGUCCUCGCCCUUCGCAGAGGCCUUUGUCAGCUGCCAACAGGCGUUGGGAAUCGAUCCGGCGAUUGCCAUUCUUCUUUUCGGUGCACUCUGCCGACUCUCCACAUUGUACUUUUCGCUCUACGGGGAACGUGCUUCAGAGCGGAUGCGAAAUGCGAUGCGGCGCUUGAAAGCCCCACAUGAGGCGUUUCAGCGCGUGUAUUAUCGUGAGGGGUCCACCGCGCUGGAUAUUCAACUCGCCGCUACGGCAUUGAAAGGUGAGCGCCGGCGUAUCUUUACAGAGGAGAAGACGUCUAAUUUGCAAUGUCUGUCGUCACUUCUAGGGACGCCUAUAGUGCUGCUCGGACUCUUCCAAACGACGGCGCUGUGUGAGAAUCCGAAGCUUGAUGUAGGGACUUCCUCGUUCCUCUGGUGCAUGGCAUUGACGAUGCCAGAUCCAUACGCGGUUUUCCCGAUUGCCUUCUGUUGCCUGACACUGAUGAACUUUGAGUUGUCCAUCAGCAAGGAGCUUAAAACAGGCUGGAUGUUGAACGCCAUUUGGGGGGCCCGCCUUGGGUGUCUCUGUAUCCUCCCAGCGGUAGUGCACAUUCGUGCUGGUGUAGCCCUCUACUUUGUCGGAAUGAGUUUAGUCGGCUUGCUUCAGCCCCUCUUGUUGCGCUCCGCAACGUUUCGCCAGUGGUUCAACUUGCCAACCAAGCAGGAUGUGGAAAAGGCCACCGCCGCCGCAGAUAAUGAUGAACUCCACGCGCGCAUGUCGGUGCAGUUCCCGUACCUGACGCAUCUGCUCAGCCCCGAGUCGGAGGAGAACACAGGCCUCCUAAAAGAUGUGGCAGCGUCUCAUUCGAGUCCCCGUCAUGCUCACACCAAUACCGCCGGCUACGCGAAGGGUAUGAACCCACUCAUGCGGGAAGAGCCACCACGUCCCACGUAUGGGCGGUAUAGUUCGUCUUCAGUCACAGGAGAAGGAGUGGAAGCUACGUCCUCAAAGAAGGGAGCUGAUUUUGCGUCAGCAGGGUGGAAGGCGUCGCGGAUAGAGUUUAGUGAAGAAGAUUUCAUCCCAGAGGUUGGCAACUUCGACAGCAGCAAGAGAAACGGAAAAAAAUAG